AAGCAAAACUGGAGCUCCGCCCAGGUCAGGCGCGCGCAUGCUCCGUGGGCUCCGAAAGGCAGAAUGGAGGCACAGGACUAGUGGCGUGGGACCUGAUUCCGGCAGGAACAGGUGUUCCUGAUAAUGGCUGUAUCUCGCUUGAUCCGGAGCUUUGGGUCCCUGCUGUUGUCCUCAAGCCCUUGUCUCUCCCAGAUACCUGUGCCUCCCAAGCCCACCUGCCUUGCUGGCCUUGUCCAUGCAUACCGUGAAAUCAGCACCUCUGCUGUUUUAUCUACCUCCGAUCCACUAUGGAAAUGCAGGAUCAAAUAUACCAUAAAGCCCAUCGGCAUGAAAAAGACAGGAGGGCGAGACCACACAGGUCGUAUCCGGGUGCAUAGAAUUGGAGGCGGGCAUAAGCAGCGCUACCGCAUGAUUGAUUUCCGAAGGCUGAAUUAUGAAGCUGGACAACAGCCUGGUUUCUUUGAGGAGAAAGUGAUUCAGGUGCGGUACGACCCAUGCAGAUCUGCAGACAUAGCUCUUGUGGCUGGAGGGAAGAGGAAACGGUGGAUCAUUGCGACAGAAAACAUGCAGGCCGGUGACAUCCUUAAAACUUCAGGGCAAAUUGGCAGGAUGGCAGUGUCAGCUAACGAAGGAGAUGCCUAUCCAGUUGGGGCUCUGCCAGUAGGGACUCUGAUCAACAAUUUAGAGAGCCAUCCCGGGAAAGGAGCGCAGUAUAUUCGAGCAGCAGGCACCUGUGGCGUGAUACUAAGGAAGGUGAACGAAACAGUCAUCAUCCAGUUGCCCUCCAAGAGGCAAAUGCAGGUGAUGGAGACCUGCAUGGCAACAGUGGGCCGAGUUUCCAACGUUGACCACAACAAGCGGAUCAUCGGGAAGGCUGGCCGGAACCGGUGGUUAGGGAAGCGGCCCAAGAGUGGCCUGUGGCAUCGCAAAGGGGGGUGGGCAGGCCGCAAGAUCAGGCCCCUCCCACCCAUGAAGAGCUAUGUCAACAUCCCAUCAGCGUCUGCACAUGUUUGAUGCCUGUGUCUAUAUUGUCAGUGAUUCUGUAGGAUUCUAUCAAUAAAGGCUAUCCUCUCUGACAUGUAAACUCA